GCUGCCUUCUACAUAACUUUUAAAAACCAAACAAAAUCUCAUUUCGAAAAACCGAACAAACUUUCAAAAUGCUCCUCACAAAUAUCAACACUGUCGCCAUCUUUCUCUGUGCUUUCUUCAGCACAUCUUCUGCCACUCAGAUCAUUGAUAUUGUGAAGCACUCAACAACAACCUGCGGUGACUCGGGAGGACCAACCAGAAAUUACAAUUCUGGUGAUUGCUAUACCUUCUAUGAUACCGAUCAUGGAUUGGUGUUGAAAAAUAUGCCACGAGGUUGCACUUUGACCACCUAUGCAGCUAAAGGCUGUGCCGGAGUGACUAGUCACUAUGGGCUUGACGGUAUAAUCAUUGACUGUGAGCAUGGGUGCAUCAGUGACUACUCAAUGCAUGAGGCCAUUGUCGUCAUCUCUUCUCAAGGUGUCUCUCCACUUGUUCGUGUCAGAAUGACUCACGCGGAUUUGAUCAAACGUGCUUUAGACGCUGGUGCCCAUGGUACUGUCGUGCUGAUGAUUAACACUGCGGAAGACGCCAAGGCCGUUGUUCAAAAUGCUAGCUUCCCUCCUCAAGGUUUGAGAGGACAAGGUUCGGCAUUUCCGGGAUUUGCACUCAGUACAGUUAUCGAAAUUCCGACCUAUGUAAGAACCGCCAAUGAGACUCUGAUAACUUCUUUGCAAAUCGAGUUCAAGACAGGCGUCGAGAACGUUGAUGCUAUUUGCGCAGUGCCUGGGCCAAAUGACCUUGCGCUUUCUAUCCUCGGCUAUGUCCCUGCGAAAGGUGAUGAGCCCGUAUUUGUUGACGCCAUUAACAAGAUUGUAGCUGCCGCUAGAAAGCAUGGAAAAUGGGUUGGCCGGCUGUCGAACGAUGGGUUUUCAGCCAAUGAGCAUCUGAGUACUUUUGAUGUAGUAGCUAUGAGCUAUGAUAUCCGGGCGAUGCAGGAUUGGUAUCAAACGGAAUUAAGGGCGGCACGAAAGUAA